UUGUCAAAUAUUCUGCAAUACAUGCAUUUACAAUUGAUUGAGAACGAAAACAAAAACAUUAUUGUUAUGUUUAACUAAAUUAAAAGCAAAUAAUUGCAAAAUUUGUGAAAAUGCCAGCUUUUUGUGCUGUACAAAAUUGUGGUGAUAAAUAUGGACAUGCGGAGAAUAUAUCCUUUCAUAAAUUCCCAUUUAAGCGACAAGAGUUAAUGAAGAAAUGGCUUGAUUUUGCGCAACGUGGUCCUGAUUGGCAACCAUCGAAGUGGAGUGCUAUAUGUAGUCGCCACUUUCGCGAUGAUGAUUUCAAUUGUGCCCCCGAUCGCAAAAUACUAAAGAAGACUGCGGUGCCAUGUUUGCACAAUCAGAAACAUGUACAAACCAUAGAAAAGCAGUACACUGAACGGAAACAAGAAGAUAUUGCCAAAGAAACCUCUUUACAACAAACUGCCACGAAAACCGCAAUCAGCAGCUCACCCGCCACAGAGACAUACAAUGAAGCAUGCGAAGAAUUCGAUGAGACGGCAGAACAACGCAUGCAGACCACAUCUUUACAAAGUUCUCCGAACGCACCGAACAAAUAUAAAUGCCGACUGUGUGGCAGUGCAUGCUCAGCUGUGGUGUCAUUUUCUACAAAUUUCGAAAUUUAUGGCAUGAUACAAAAAUGUUUUCCUACACUCAAUAUACAAAAAGACGAUAACUUACCAAAAGAAAUGUGCCGCUUGUGCCUUAAACGCGUGGAAAGCUUUUCGCGUUUCAUCGACAAAGUGCUUGAAACACAGAGUGAGCUGCAACGAAAAUAUCGCACAGAGAAAAAAGACAAUAACACACGUUUUGCAGAACGUCCGCUGAAGGUAAAACAAGAGCCAGUGGUGCGUGUGAAACAGGAGCUUCCAGAGGGUUUUGACAGUUUUCUCUCUGAUGAUCUGGAUAUGGGAAUGGAUGAGGGUUGUGAACCGGAGCAUGAUUCUGAAGCGAUUGUUGAACAAAAAUAUGAUUUCUGUGAUUUUCCCAUGUUGAAUGCACAGGAUAUAAUCAACAAUUGUGAUAUAAUGGAAAUAAUAAAUUUGGAUGAUCCUUUCAUAAACAUACCAGAUGAUGAUGCCAAUACGAAUUGUGAAAAUAAUACACAGAACUCAAAACAACAAGAUAAUGCUAUGCAACAGCAACAACAAGAGAGGAACAAGCGCACUUUACUAAGUGCUCACGAAUUGCUACAAAACCAUUUGUUAAGUGAAGAGCACAACUAUGCCUAUACAACGGAGGAUUUGAAGGAAGAGUGUCAAUUCAAAAGUACUUAUAAGACAGAGAAGACUGAUGGUGGCGAAUGUGGAGAUCGGGGAGACUUUAUCGCAAAUGUUGGAACUGAGGAUGAUGAACAGACAGGUUAUGCGGGAGACGAGCAUCACAACGUUGAAAAUGGCGCUUCAACCGGUCUGUAUAAAGAAAACUAUGCCCCGCCAAACAUACAUUUGCAAAAUGUUGCUGCUUCAAACGUUGAGAAGCCAACAACUGCCGCGGAUACAACAGCUACACCACCCGACACACGCUCUACAAGACCAAUAGUCACGUCAGUGAGUGAACUUUCUGAUGCAUCAAUAACAUUACCCAAUCGGACGGUCGAGGAUCAUAAUCGUGCCGAGAAGCUUGUUGUCACUGCAGUGGAUGAUAUACCGGCGUCAAACAGUGAUGCCGCCGCUACUGCUACAAAAGUGAGUGUUUCUACAUCAGCUACAGCGCCAAUGAAAACACAUCCCAAACCAAAUAUUGUUGUGCUCGACGAAAGUAUAGUGAAAUCUUCAAAUGCCUUCCAACUACAUACUUGUCAUAACUGUCAUCUGAAAUUCUUCAGCAUAGAGACACUAAAUCAGCAUUAUAUCGUAGCGCACCAAACGCAAGCGCAAAUGCAAGAGCAAGGCACACAAAUGCGCGUUGAGCAAGAGAAGUUGCAAAGCGUGCAAAUGCAACAGCUACAGCAGCUCUUGGAUCCUUAUAAUCCAUCCAUCCAACAAAAUAUGGUCACACAAAAUCAUCACUACCAACAGCAGCAACAACAACAACAACAACAGCAUGAUGAGCGUUUGCCCAUGGUGAGUGUGCCGGGUGACUAUGUUUGGAAGUAUUACGCCGCUUCCAAUGAUGUCAGAAGUGAAGCCUUCAACAAUAAUUGUAAAUUGGAGAAAGGUUUCUGCUCAACCACUGCAUGCACAGAUAGUCUACAUAAAACGAAUGACACGCAUACUUUUCUACAGCCAAAUGUUUUUGGUUUUGAGCAUUCAAAUGCUGCCAAAAAUAGCUACAUGACGCCAAACUGUGCUGCUAAGGAUACUUCAAGUUUGAACGGUGCGCCAAAUGCAGUGAGAAUACUCGAAAUGAAGCGCACAUUUUUGCGGCAACAUGAUCCAUUUAGUAAUAUGACUAACAUUCAGGCAGACUAUCUCAAAGCACCUUUGAAUAACAAUGAUGUAACAAAAUCGGACAGCAUUUGCGCCGUCACCAGCUUGGCGCCAGAGAAUUCCUUUAAAACUUCAACGCCUGCAAUCCCACCCACACUUACACUCGCACGCAUGCAAAAACCAAAGCGCUCCAAACGACGCGUACUCUUAAGUAGACACAUCAGCGCGCGCCUAACAGCGCUUGAACGCAAGAUAAACGCGAAAAGAGCGCCCGAUGUUAUAACAGCCGAGUAUCGGCAGCUAGGACGUCGCUACAAGAAGCUGCAACUCAAAUGUAAAUCACUGCAAAUACUAAUAUUGGAGAAGCAAAGGAAAGAGGCCAGCUCCAAGUCAACAAUUUCAAGCGCGACCAAACGCUUACGCUGUCGCUUUUGCAGGGAAACUUUCAAGAGCAUCCAACGCCUGCUGCAACACAAGCGCACGCUCGGACAUUGGGCGCGCCGCACACCCAAACGCUUUGCCUCCACCUGCUGUGGCUGCGAGAAGUUCUUUCGCCACAAAAUCGCUUUACACAAUCAUAUGCGCUACAUAUGUCAGGCGCUGCCGUUGCGCUGCUUCAAAAUGCAAAUGCAAACGUUCAAGUGUCGCUACUGCCGACGCAGCACUUUCAAUCAUUGGCGCCUCUACCGCAGACACGAAGUGAAAUGUAAAUUCCGCAGACAACGCCGAAAACAACGUAGUCGGCAACGUCGCCGCCACCACUAUCAACAACAAGUGACAGUGCAACCUCUGACACCGCCCAAUAAGCAGCGCGACGCCGCGCUGCGUUCAACGCAUGCGUUGCUGGCCAACGCGCGCCAAUCGAAGCAGAAAGCAGCAGCGACAACACGCACGUAUGCCUGUAUACUGUGCGCUAAGGUGUUUGCCUCGGCGAACAGACUCAGUCAGCACCGCAUCACGCACAGCGACCAGCGGCGCCACCAGUGCAGUAUGUGUGAGCGCGCCUACAAGCGGCGCAACGGUUUGAUGCAGCAUGUGCGCGCCUUCCACUUGAAGUUGAAGCCGCAUCAGUGUGUUGUGUGUCAGCGCUCGUAUGCGCUCAAAAGUGAUAUGUUACGUUGCCGGCAUGCGGCGGUCAAGCGCGCGCGUCUCAAUGAAAUUGCCUGCAGCGCAGAGUAGCAUCAAUAAAUUUUUUUACAUAAGUAUUGCUUAUAAGUUUAUGCUAAUAAGUGUGUUAUGUAAUGUUAGUUAGUUUCCUAUUUCCUUAGAUUUAUGUUUAUUGUUUAAAAGCAAAGCGCGUUUGUUGACCAAAAAGCUAUUACAUACAUAUGUAUUAUUACGAAUUUAUAACCAUCUAAUUUACCAUUUCUAUCAAAAAGCAUUUAUUCUAUUUAUAAGUGUGUGUAAAUACAUGUGUAUGCCAUCAUUCAUUACAAAUAAAAAUAAAAAACUUGUAUAAACAACAGUAA